CGAUCUGAUGAUUUAUUUAUUUAGCUAUCCUAAUUCUAUAAACUAUUUUCCUGAGGUGAUACAAGAUAUAAGAGAUACAUAAUAUAAGACGGCUUCCGCAAGGAUAAGACAAACAUUGUCAUGAGCUCACCUGGAUUUAUCGACGGAAAGAUUGAAGGAGUACAUGUCAUCAUGGGUAAAUCGGUAAUUAUGAUACAAAACGAUCCUAAUUUAAGCCCAACUCAUAAGGAAUUUAUUCACAGUCUUGAUAGAGUAAUUGAGAAGGUGCAGGUCAUUGACUUUGCCGAUGAUGUGUUUUGAGAGAGAAUUAUUCAUGAUGUAGCCUGUCAGUAUUAUGUCCCUGACUGCUUAAAACAGUCAAGAAUCAGACCCGAGGAAUGAGUGUUGUGAAGCGAGAAGUGCAGUUAAUGAUAACAUUCCUAAUAUUCUUACAACUGUAUAAUUUCUAUUAGGAUAGUAAACUUG